AUGAUCACGAAUCGUAAUCUAAUCGUAUUGCUUGCAUUUUCUUUUGUUCCACUGAUUAAUAUUUGUGAAGCAGUCAGUACUAAAAUGCCAGCAAUUUACUAUGGUAAUCAAGGCUGGGCUAUGAACGACAUUCAAUCUUUUUCAUCAUGGGUCGGCAAACAUCCAAUAGUGAUAUUACUGUUUACUGAUUGGUGUAAUGGAUCAAUGUAUAAUUUGUUCAAUUAUCAAUUAAAAAAUAUAUGGGGUAAUGGAAGUAUUCCAGCAAUCACAUGGGAAGCUUUUAAGUGUGGUGGUAGCAGUCAACCGGGUAUAAUGAGCCUAGUUCGAAAUCAUACUUACGAUACAUAUAUAAAUCAAUUUGGGGACUAUUUGGCAGCAUGGCUCGCCGGCAUGGAUGGUGUUUUAGGAAAUAGUGAUGACCGAAGAGCUUAUCUACGAUUGGCUCAUGAAAUGAAUGGGAAUUGGUAUCCGUGGUCGAUUGGUUCAACUCCACAAGAUUACGUUUGGGUAUGGCAUUAUAUACAUGAUUUAUUCGUGAAUAAAAGUUUAGAUUCGACAAGACUUCAAUGGAUUUGGUGCGUGAAUAAUGUUGAUGUUGGUAGUUACACAGCUGAAAAUUAUUGGGUUGGAGAACAUUAUGUUGAUUGGAUGGGAAUUGAUGGUUAUAAUAUUGGUACAAGUCAAAGUUGGAGUUCCUGGUUAAAUCCAAAUCAAAUAUUCGAUAGUAUGAUUGCAAGAUUACAAAAUUUAUCUUCAACAAAACCGAUAUGUAUUAACGAAUAUGCUUCUACAAGUUUAGUCACAGGAAACAUAUCAAAUAUAACAGCGAAAUAUGAUUGGCUUCAACAAUUCUGUACAUAUAUCAAUAAUAAACAAAUUAUAAUGACUUCAUAUUUCAACAUAGAUAAAGAGACUGAUUGGGCAAUAUUCGGUGGCGUUCGGGGAGAUAGUUUCUUUGGUAACCACAGUGCCUACACUGCAUAUCGAGAUUGCCUUCAAUCUAAUGAUUGGAUAAUAAUCAAUAGUACAAAUCCAAGACUUAUUAGUGAUGAAGAAUUCUCUGGUACAGGUAAGUGUAAUUGA